AUGCAACGAAUUCCAUCAUCCUGCAUGGCAACAACUUUGAAUUUGAACGCAGAUAACAGCGUUUCAAAUAAUUGUUUAACUUUCAGUUGGAGUCAAAUUUCACGAUUGACUACAAGUUACACUACCUACAUCGAUUCGAAUAUAAAUCAAACAUAUUAUGCACAAAUUGCUGCAUUAACUGUUCUGGGCAAGAUUGACAAUUAUAGUUUGAAUUAUCAAUGUCCACCAGCUGAAUACAAUGGUGUACCUUCAGAUUGUAAAACUCAACCAAAUACUGAAUUGGUCGUGUUACAUAUUAGUGCUUUAGAUGGUAAAUUAUAUGCCAUAGACGUUAUUCUCUCUGGUACUCCUUUUCCUGCACCAGAAACUUUGAAUGAUAAUCAACCACCGUUUGGUAAAGCACGUCACCAGUUCACUACAGGAAUACGAAUACGAUCUACUGGUUAUUUUCAAAUCUGCAAAAAGAAGAAUAGUAAUCAAUGUCCAAAUAUGAAUCUCAAUGCGCGCAAAUUACCUAAUCCAUUACCAAGUAGUUAUGGGUAUGGUAUAUUUGGUGCUAAGUCAUUCAACUUAGUUACUGAUUCGACAUUGAUAAUGGAUGAUUCCAAUAAAUUACUUAUCCUUACUGCAGGUACUAGUUAUUAUUAUUUCAAUGCAACUGGAUUUUUUAUAUAUGAUUCAAGUGAAAACACAUGUAAAUGGUUCUCAAGUUGUAAUUAUAUUUGUGAAGCAUAUAAUUACAAUUCUCGAUUCUUAGAUUUUGGUGGUGAAUGGAUAAUUACAGAGAAAUGGGGAGUUAACAACAUGGAACCACUAACUGUAGAAACUUGGAUUGGACAUGCUAUUGAUGCUACUGGUGUCUUUCCGAUUAUCAUGUAUACUGAUAAGCAAAGUGGUCAUUACUUAGGAUUAGAUAAACUUGAUACGGUACUAAUGGAGAAUAUGGGGACUACGUAUUGGUAUACCAUUCAUGGUAACACAACACCAAGAACUACCAUUGAAGCCUAUCAACCAAAUGUUGUGAACGCUGGAUGCGUUAAAAGUAUAGAUGAAUGGAUGGGUGUUAGGAACAAUGCUGGCAUUGGUCUGAGAUUUCAAUAUAUUCGAAUCAUACUUACCAUCAUCGUUUUGAAUUAUCUUUCAACUAUGGAUGAAAUACUCUUCUAG